UUUGGGAAACCGAAGUUGUUGCCGGGCGGUGCUGUUUGGGACGAGCCUGAUCUAGAAGGACCGAACUUCCUCGGGACUCACUCAAGGUCAUUGUUCCUAGCAACGCGAGGACUGUGGGGAGUCGGUGCGCGCGCCGAAAUCUUUAAGGUCAAGACUGCCUUUGUGUUUCCCGAGCAGUUAGUUCAAAGCCGGCCACGUGGGAAGGGCGCAGACUAAGUCCUUCCAAAUCGAACUAAAACCAAAAGACAGGAGACAAAAGCACGGGCUCUUUCCCACUCCACGCCGAUUCUACCCACGCUUGCAAGUUAUUCUUACUCUCCCGGAGCGGGCGAGCUAAGGCCGGAGGGUGCAAAGUCGUGGCCAGGGAGGAGUUGGGGACCCGGUCGAAUCCCCUAGUAACGUAGGGUGGGCGAGUGGGCGUGUGCGCAAGCACGUGCCCGCACGCAGGAGUGCCUUGGGGGGAGAAGGGAGUGGUCUCCAAAAGGGGGAGGGGAGAAAGCAGGGUGGGGCGGGGAGAAGCAGGCUUUUUAGGACCCGGCAGCGGCGAGGGAGGAGAAAGAAGGCAAGGAGGCGUCUCCCGCGCUCGCCAGGGCCGUGCCACCUGCCCGCUAGCUCGCCGCACUAACGCUGCCCACAAGCCAACAUGCUGCAGAGACUGGGCGGCUCCGCGCUGCCUCUGCUCCUGCCGUCGCUGCUGCUGCUGCUGCUGCUGGGCGCCGGCGGCUGCGGCCCCGGGGUACGAGCCGAGGUGCUGUUCCGCUGCCCUCCCUGCACGCCGGAGCGACUGGCCGCCUGCGGACCCCCACCCGACGGGCCCUGCGCCGAGCUGGUGCGCGAGCCCGGCUGUGGCUGCUGCUCCGUGUGCGCACGGCUGGAGGGCGAAGCGUGCGGCGUCUACACCCCGCGCUGCGCCCAGACGCUACGCUGCUACCCGAACCCGGGCUCCGAGCUGCCCCUGCACACGCUGGUCAUCGGCGCGGGUACCUGUGAAAAGAGUCGCGUGGGCGCCACCCCACAGCAGGUUGCAGACAAUGGUGACGACCACUCUGAGGGAAGCCUGGUGGAGAACCAUGUGGACGGGACCAUGAACAUGUUGGGAGGAGGAAGCAGCGCUGGCCGGAAGCCUCUCAAGUCAGGCAUGAAGGAGCUGGCCAUGUUCCGGGAGAAGGUCAACGAACAGCACCGGCAGAUGGGCAAAGGUGGCAAACACCUCAACCUGGAGGAGCCCAAGAAGCUGCGGCCACCUCCCGCCAGGACUCCUUGCCAGCAGGAAUUGGACCAGGUCCUGGAGCGUAUCUCCACCAUGCGCCUUCCGGAUGAUCGGGGUCCUCUGGAGCACCUCUACUCCUUGCAUAUCCCGAACUGUGACAAGCAUGGCCUAUAUAACCUUAAACAGUGCAAGAUGUCUCUGAAUGGACAACGCGGGGAAUGCUGGUGUGUGAACCCCAAUACCGGGAAGCUGAUCCAGGGAGCCCCCACCAUCCGGGGAGACCCCCAGUGUCAUCUCUUCUACAACGAGCAGCAGGAGACUGGUGGGGCUCCUGCCCAGAGGGUGCAGUAAAUCGCAGCCAAUUGGUGCCUGCCUCCCUCACCCAAACACCAGCAGAAAUGGAGCAUGCCUGGGUGAUGGGUCUGGAGGAUUUCCCAGUCUUGACACAUGUAUUUAUAUUUGGAAAGAGACCAACACUGAGCUCAGAAGCCCCCUCCCCCCCCUCCAGCUGCGGAUAACCUGUACCUCCAUUCUUCCUGCUUCUAUUAGGGAGGAAAAGGGUGGCACAGGGGGCGCUGGGUACAGGCUUGGGAAUGGGGAAAGAAAUUUUUAUUUUUGAACCCCUGUGUCUCUUUUACUUAAGAUUAAAGGAAGGAAAAAUAAA